AUGGCGGGGGCUUGGAUAGAAGAUUGCAUAGUUGUGGCUAUGGCAAUAUUGGACAGAAAAGAUCGCACUACUUGCACCAGGUUCGGAAAAUUUGCUUGUUCUGUUAUUGUUCAUACGACAACCGAUGAUAAAAAUGGAAAUAUUAUUGGAGAUCCUCCGGUACAUGAUCAUCCCGACGAUUUGGUCGAUGUGAAAGCCAAGCGUAUUCGAACAAAUUUGAAACGUCGUGCCGUCAAUGAUGAUGUCGGUCCAAUUGCUAUCAUAGAUAAUGUCGUCAAAAAUAUUAGGUCACCUGUUAUUGCUCGUUUGGGUUCAGUUGCAUCUAUGCAGCGUACGAUACAACGCGCUCGACAAGGAAAAGUGCCCAAGGUUAAAGAAACGGUGCUUGCUGAUUUUACUGUACCUGACGAGUUACGCUGUACUUCCAAAAAUGAACGAUUUUUGCUCUAUGAUAGCGGGAGUCGUCGGAAUCGCUGUUUGAUAUUUUCAACUGACGCUAAUUGGAAAAAAUUAAGUGAAUGUGAAAUUUGGUGUGGAGAUGGGACAUUUCGUACUGUUCCGGCCAUGUUUCAACAGAUGUAUUCUAUAUAUGGCGUUGUCGGUGAACAUACAUUACCAUUUGUUUAUGUUCUGUCAUCCAGUAAAUCUAAAUCAGUUUAUCUAGGGAUUUUACGAAAGAUAAAGGAACUGCUUCCUGGUGUCAUUAAGUUGCGACAUAUGUUAACUGACUUUGAGUCAGCGUACAUGAAUGCAUUUAAAGAAGUGUGUUUUCCUGGUGUAAAAACAACCGGCUGCUUAUUCCAUCAUACGCAAUGUAUUUGGCGUCAUGUUUAA